CUCUAAUCAGUUAAAUGAAAAGAGUCGGAAGCAGUGGUUGUAAUUCACAAGAUGUAUUGUUAUUGAAGUGAUGCUUAAUGUACAGUAUUAUACAUGCAUACAUACGUACAUAUGUCUAUCAUAAUAAAUUUAAAAGAAAAAGUGUUUUAAUGAAACUUGUAACAAACACAACUUUGUAAUAUAAUCUCUUUACAAAUACAAUAGUUGGUCACUUUUGCUAUGGAAUAGACAUAUCUUUUAUAUGUACAGAAAAGGAAUGCAUUUGCAUAUUGAAAUAAUGGUUUGAAAAAUCAAUCAGUGUGUUUGAGUAUUAAUGGGAAAAACUUUUGCAGUAAGAAAAGAAGAGCCGGCUUUAAUAAAAUUUGUAUCUCAAUGAAGUUUAUGUCAAUAAUUUAUGGCUAUGUGAUACUUAAGAGCACACGUGUACAUAUACAUAUAUGUUUUUAAACAAUGCUAUAGUGAAAGAAAUGCCAAUUUAUUUUUAUUGAGGUUUCCUUUUUUCAUAUAUUGGCAUAUAGUAUACACGUACUUAUGUGAAUAUGUAUGUGUAUACAAAGAAAAACCCACCCUCUCAUUUAUCGGCACGUAUUAUCAUGACAAUGUUUUCAUUCUCUAGCAAGCUCCCUUCAAUUGGUGAUUUUUUAAUGUAGGCAACAAAACGUGCAAAUAAUACAGUAACAAAAACAAAAAAGCACUGUAUUUUAAAAUAACAAAAAUAUUUAUUUAAGCAUUGCAUUAAAAUCAAUAAAAAAAAACCUUCUACUCAAUAAAGGUCAAACGAAUGCAGUCAAAUUAAAAUGUGGAGUGGAACUAUGAAGUUUUGUGAUGUACAAUGGUCGAAACUAUAAAACUAUAAUAAAAAAAAAAUGUAAGGCAAAAACUAAUUGAAAUCCCUUUUAAUUGUCUUUUACAAAAUACUUUGGAAUACAAACUAAACUAAAAUUAAAAUAAAUCAAUGAAAACGCAAUUGUAAUUGAAAAAAAAUGGUAUAUUUAUUUCGAAAUAUGUGUACAAGUGAUACUAUGACUGCACGUGCCAGUGAAAGCAUGUUUAAAAAAUGCUCCUACAAAUUCUGAACACUAGCGAAGCAGGCAAAACAAUAGAACUAAUAUAUAACAGCCAGUUAACUAAUCGCAGCAAGCAAGAGAACGGCUUAAAUUCAGACUCCACUUUGCAAAUAAUAAUUACCUAGAAUAUAAAUUUCCGAAAUGGCUUCGUAUGCAGAGCUGUUUGUUUUGUUUCUCCUGCUGAUGCUGCCAUUUCCAUUCUUUUACGAGAAUAGUCAUAUUUUUCGCUACUACUUCAAGUUUUGCAUCUACUACGGCAUUGUAUCGUUUAAUUCUAUUAUCCUUAUACCGGCAUUUCUUUUGCGGCCGUUCGAUGUGCGAAAUUUGCUUUGGGCGAGUACAUUUUGCCAUCGCGUCUCGACUUUGAUUGGACUACGCUGGGAAUUACGUGGCAGGGAACAUUUGCAAAAAGAUCAAGCCUGCAUAAUCAUAGCAAAUCAUCAAAGUUCUUUGGAUAUACUGGGUAUGUUCGAAAUAUGGCACGUUAUGAACAAAUGCACAGUUGUAGCCAAACGUGAACUGUUCUAUGCUUGGCCUUUCGGUUUGGCUGCUUGGCUAGCCGGGCUUACCUUUAUCGAUCGAGUGCGGGGAGAAAAGGCACGCAGUACGUUGAACGCAGUGAAUAGUCGUGUAAAAAAGGAAAAAAUAAAAUUAUGGGUAUUUCCAGAAGGUACUCGACGCAAUACGGGUGAAUUGCAUCCCUUUAAAAAGGGCGCCUUUCACAUGGCCAUAGAAGAACAAAUACCUAUUCUGCCUGUAGUAUUCAGCUCGUAUUGUAGUUUUCUCAAUGAUAAGAUGAAAAUUCUAAAUGCGGGUAAUGUAAUUAUAACCGCUAUGCCACCAAUAAGCACAACAAACCUGAUAAAAGAUGAUCUACCUGAACUGAUGGAUAAAAUACAUCGACAAAUGACUUUGACCUUAAAGCAAACUUCAGCAGAAGUAUUGGCGCGCUACAAGCCGGUGAAAAAAACGCAAUCAACGAUGCCGAUAGCCAUUCCCAGCAACGGAAACCCAGCGUUCCGCAAUAGCCAAGCGAGUGCCACCAGAACUGUAAGCUUACAUGCACAUUUACCAAACGCUGCUGGGGUAGUAGAAGUAAUGACAGCUACAAAGCAGGAUAUUGAGGAACGCAAUUUAACGUUAGCCACAAAUGAACACAAACGCAAUGUUAUGCCCGUCGUCCCUACGCUUAAUGUAACAAAUGCGUAAGCUCAACAAGCUCAGAGAAUAGCUGAUGUCAACGCACAUUCCAAACGUAAACGAAUAACUUUUCACAUGCUUCAAUCAUCACUAUUAUUUCUACCGAUAACUUAGGGGGUUUUUGAAAUAUUUUCUUAAUUUCUUUAUCAAAUGGGUGCAUCAGAAUAUUUAGAGAUCGGUAUGCUUAUAAAAUAUUAUUUAGUAUCCUUACUUUUUUACUAUUAUUUGGAGCACCCUAAUGUAAAUAUGUAUUUACAUAAAUAUAUUAUAAGUUUUAUUAUCAACAUAGAACGCAAACAAUUUAUUUUUUUUGCUGAAAUGGAAACUUUUCUUACUUAUUCACAAAUUGUUCAGCCGUUGGUAAAAUGUGGAAAAAUUUAUUUCCUAAGUGAUGAUUGUCUAUAUUGUGGUCACUGGUCAUUACUGAAUUUAUAAGAUUUUUUAAGUAAAGUACUAGUAUUUACAUUCUAUACAUUUACAUACGUUCGUA